AUGGAGGGGCCAAAUGUGGAAGAAGAGUGUUAUUCACAAAUGGAGGGGGAGGAAAGUUUUGUGGCUCUGGUCCACUGCUCUGGAAAAUUUCAAAAGAGCAAAAGGCAUGGUGUGAAAUUCACGGAUAGAGAACCGCUUAGUAUUUUUAUCCAAUCUUCGAGUACGUUAGCAGAGAUUAAGCUUAGCAUAUUAUGGAAGCUCGAUGCGUGUGGGACGAAGUGGGUAAAAAAAUUAUUUUACAAGAUUCCCAUUGCCGUUGUGUCAACUGGUGUGAGAUAUGAGACCUUUACAAUAGGGUCGGAUGAAGACAUGCAGGUCUUGUUUCGCUGCAGGCGUAGUUUUCCGGAGAUGAGGAUACCUGAGCUGCUUGCGAAGUCGAAAGAUGGUGUCGACAGCUCUUGGGCAUCGGCACCGAAUCCUCAGUCGACGACGAUCGGUGGUGCUUCGACAUCGAUGCCUGUGGUAGCAGCGGCAGUUCUGGUUCCUGAGCCCGAAUGUGCUGGGGCUGUUCAUGCUAGUGUGCCUCCUGUUGUGCCUGAUUUUGAAUUUGAGGAUGGACCGGAUCAAGUUGAGAAUGCGAUGCAUGACGAUGAUUCAGAUGAGGAGCCGGUCGAUAUUGGUGGGGCCAGUGAUGAUGAUAUUCCAAGAGGUUUCAGUUCUGGAACACAACAGUACCCUCCGCACCUGUCGUACUUGAACUUGGAAGCCAUUGGCCAACACCAGAAUGUAGAGGCAACCUUCGUGGGGCAGGGUAUGCAUGAUGUGAAUCCUUUGACGGAAUUCCAUAUUGGCCAAUCGUUCCAGAGUAAGGAGGAAGCUGUGCUGAGUGUAAAAGAUUACAGCAUUCGGCGCGGAGUUGAGUACAGAGUUAUGCAGUCUGACAAUCUGAAAUACCAAGGGAUAUGUAAGGAGUUUGGUAACGGGUGCACGUGGUUGAUUCGUAUAGUCAUGCGAAAAAGGAAGAGCACAUGGGAAGUCAUGAGGUACAACGGACCACACACGUGUAUGGCCACAUCGAUAUCAAGCGACCACAAGCAGCUUGAUUAUCAUGUCAUAUAUGCGAAGAUCUUUCCAUUGGAUAGAGCUAAUGCGUUGGUGUCGAUUAAGGUGCUGCAAGAGGCAACGGAGGCGACAUAUGGUUUCAGGCCUAAUUAUAGGAAGGUGUGGAUGGCGAAGUAG